CCCUCCUUCACUGCCACUGCCUCUCUGCCAGUCAAGAGGGACUGUCUACUCGAGGUGCUCAGGUGCUCAGCUGAGACCAACCUCGUCAAUCACGCUGCGCGCUUACUGUUGAGACCACUUGUCCGUCAAUGACAGCGUUCAUCGUGAUGCUGAGGGUGAUGUGUUAUACAUAGUACAUGGAUCGGAUGUUCCGUUACCAAUGAGACCCGCAUCAGCAGCAUCGGAUGGCCUAUCUGGGCUUAUCAGCGGCCUGUUUGUCCCACUGGCUUGGUGCACGAAAACCAAUCGGGCCAGUCACCUUCGCUGGAGCAAACUGAAAAGUGAUGGAGAGGGUGUGCGAGUUGAGUGGGAGUCUGUUGGGCGGGGAAGGAAAACCAAAAGUGAGAUUCCAAUAGGCCGGUUCAGUCAGCCAAACCAACCCGACGGGCAGUCAAAGGGCUCCAGACAGCUAGAGAGAGAGGGAGAGACACACACACACACACACACACACACACACACACACACACACACACACACACACACACACACACAUACUACCAAGACAUGGUGACUUGAGUUGACAACCGAAGUUCAUUGACUGCAAAUCUGCUAGGUGAGAGGGCAAGCGCACCAGAAGCUGCAUUCAAAGCCAAUAGCCUCAACCUGUGAAGGGGAGGGAUUGACUCGCCGGCUAAGCUAGUCGGCCCC